GGGGUGGUGGGAUUCCACAAGGGAGACAAGGUCGCUGCGUUCCAUCAAGUGAUGAAGCCUCAUGGGGGCUACGCCGAGUACGCGAUCGCCCCGGAUUAUACGACCUUCCAUGUGCCUCCCAAGACCAGCUUUGAAGGUUGGUAGUUUUCGUGCGCGCAAGGCUUGGCUUAACUGAGAGUCUGUCAGACUAAAAACUGAUCCUCGUACCCUUUUUUCUCAUCAGAGGCCGCUACAAUCCCACUGGCAGCCAUGACGGCCGCGGUCGGUCUUUACCAGCGGUUGAAGCUGCCUCUGCCCUGGAACCCAACCAGCGAACCCCUGCCUCUUGUAGUAUACGGCGGAGCGAGUGCCGUGGGAGCCUUUGCGAUCAAAUUCGCCCGGCUAUCCAAUAUCCACCCGUUGAUCGUGGUCGCGGGCCGGGGCAGCGCCUUCGUGGAGACCCUCAUUGACCGCGAGAAAGGCGACACCAUCAUCGACUAUCGCCAGGAAGACGCCGAGGCCAUCAGCGCCCAACUCAAAGCCGCCGCAGGAGGCCGCCCGGUCCACCACGCCUUCGACGCCGUGGCAGAGAAGGGGAGCCAGCGGAAUAUUGGCGCGGCCCUCACCGUGCCCGGGGAGAUCACCACGGUCGAGCCGAGUGAUGACUACCAGGCCCCCGAGGGGAUUCGUAUAGGCCAAACCAUCGUCGGAACGGUUCACAUGGCCCCCUCGGCAGGGAAGCUCCUCGAGGAUGGCGAGUUUGCCGCCGCUUUCUUCCCCUUUCUCGGCCGGGGCCUGGCCCACGGCUGGUUCUCAGGACACCCGUACCAGGUGCGUCCCGGUGGACUGGCUGGGAUCCAGGGGGCACUGCACGAUCUCCAGGCGGGCAAGGCGUCGGCCGUCAAGUAUGUGGUGCGUAUUGGCGAGACCGAAGGAGUGGUGCAGCAGGAUUCCUAGUCUUUUUUUUUUGCAGUAUUCGACGUAGUGAUAGUUGCAAUCAUUAGUU